AUGGCGGAUGCCACGAAAGUAAAGGACAUAUAUCCCAUUUCCACAUUCAUACACGACCUGUCUGUUACGCUGGCCGCCACGGCACCCCCGGACGCUGGGACAGAGGCUGGCGCUGAAGCUGGAGCGACAAACCCCAUCCCAGCGAGACGCCUCAUCAUCGUUGGGGAUGUCCACGGGUCACGAAAGUCGCUGGAGGCGCUCCUCGAAGAGGUCGGCUUCGAUAGGGCGCUGGGGGAUCUGGUUAUUUUCGCAGGGGACCUGGUCAGCAAGGGCGCUGAUUCCGGAGGGGUGAUUGACCUGGCGGGGACGAUUGGGGCGCUCGGGGUGAGGGGGAAUCACGACGAUGCUGUGCUGAGGGCCGCUGCGGACAGGCGGAGGGAGACUGGGCAGGCGGAGGAGGAGGAGGGCGUGAGCGCGAGCGUGAGCGUGAGCACUCGCACGGCGGAGACGCUGUCCGGGUCGCAGCUCGGGUUCCUUGCCUCGCUGCCUCUGAUGGUGCGCGUGGCGGUGACGCCCUCGCCGGCCUCGCUGGCCUCGCUGCCGCGGGGGGUUCGGCGGGUCGUUGUUGUGCACGCGGGUCUCGUGCCCGGGGUGGCGUUGGAGGAGCAGUGUGCGCACGCGGUGAUGCAUAUGCGGAGUCUGGGGCGGGAGGAGGGGGGAGGCAGGUUUGUGCCGCUCGAGGAGCCUGGCGAGCGCGGUUGGAUGGCGGAGUGGGAUGAGUGGCAGGAAGGGAUCGCGGAGGGGGACAGGACCAUGGUCGUGUUUGGGCACGAUGCCAAGAGGGGGCUGCAGAGGGGGAGGUAUGCCUUGGGCUUGGACACUUCGUGUGUUUAUGGGGGGAGGUUGAGCGCUUGGGUUGUCGGGGCCGGGGGGGCGAGGGUUGUGCAGGUUGAUUGUGUGGAUGAGCGGGAUUAG